AUGGGCUGAAUCUCUUGACCUCGUGAUCCGCUCAUCUCGGCCUCACAAAGUGCUGGGAUUACAGGUGAGAGCCACCUCACCCGCCCUUCUACCUCACAUUUUGAGGUAGGUGGGACCACAGGUAAGUGCCACCACAGCCAGCUAAUUUUUUAUAGUUAACGUAUUAUACCUAAUUUUGUGGAGGGACUGUGUCUGUUUAUCUGGGGAGGUAGGAAAUGGCAGGGAAGUGGAGGGGAGUUGAAUUAGUGAAACCAGAAGCAAACCUCAGUUGAGGACACCAGCCAUAAGAAUGGCCGGAUUUUGGCCAAUCUGACAUAAUAUGUGAGAUCUUGAUAUAACCCCAUCCUUGAGAGUCUCCUCUAAAGCUGCAGGGACUUGGGAGCAUCUUUAAUCACAGACAACCCAUGUUCCUGAGGAUUAUGGUUUAUUGGAUUGCACUUGCCUAAAUAAAGAUAUCCUCUGCAGUCUUUGACAAUUCUAUAAGCAUCUUCUGAGUCCGCAGUUAGCUAAGAGGUUUGUGUUACUUUCUUCACAAAUAUAAAUAAUUUUAAAUAAAAAUCAUGGCGUGAAUAAUUUAUUUCCUCUAUCGAUUUGAAGCUAUCCAUUUGGAAAAUCACUCUGAAGAAAUGAAAUAAGUUUUCUGCCAAAAAUUACUUAUCAAUUUACAAGGAAAGGGAGAAGUUUUGUUCUUCUCCUUAAAUUUGACUGAAAAUCGAGGGCUUUCUCAAAUAGUUUUGGCAACCAGGGUCAUUUUUCAUUAAAAAGCAAAAAGUCAUGUGAAAUAUGAAUUUCCCCAGAUCAUUUAGCAUGAAACUCUGGGAGAUCCUGUACAGAGGGGGUUUGUUAUAGUCAACUUCUCUGGGUAAAACAAACACAAAUACUCCUCCUCCGAGGGGCGGGGGCGGUGCCUAGGUGAUGCACCAAUCACAGCCUGCCCUGCCCUAUAUAAGGCCCAGAGGCCCCCUAGCGUUUGACGCUCUUCACUGGUUACUACUUAGUGUCUUUCUCUGCUGUUAUGUCUGAAACUGUACCUGCAGCUCCUGCCGGUUCUGUUCCAGCAGCUAUGGAGAGGCCUCCAGCCAAGAAGCGAGGGAAGAAGUCUGCUGCCUUGACGGUUGCAAGUCGCAAAGCGACCAACCUCUCUGUGUCCAAGUUGAUCACCGAGGCCCUUUCAAUGUCACAGGAAAGAGUAGGUAUGUCACUGGCUGCGCUCAAGAAGUCACUGGCCGCCGCUGGCUACGACGUGGAGAAGAAUAACAGCCGCAUUAAACUGUCCCUCAAAAGCUUAGUGAACAAGGGAAUCUUGGUGCAAACCAGGGGUACUGGUGCCUCCGGUUCCUUUAAGCUCAGUAAGAAGGUCGCUCCUAAAUCUACCAGGACUAAGGCCAAAAAGUCUGCUUCUGCCAAGACCAAGAGGCUGGUUAUAUCCAGGGACUCCAAGUCGCCAGAGACUGCUAAAACCAGUAAGAGAGCCAAGAAGCCGAGGGCGACAGCUCCUAAAAAGGCUGUUAGAAACGGGAGAAAGCCUAAAGGAGCCAAGGGUAAGCAACAGCCGAAGAGCCCGGUAAAGGCAAGGGCUGGAAAGCCAAAGUUGACCCCACAACAUAAAACUAAUGUUAGAAAGGCCACAUCUAAGAAGUAAAGAGCUUUUCAGGAAGCCGAUUGAGAAAGAACCCAAAGGCUCUUUUCAGAGCCACCCACAUUAUUUUAAGAUGGCGUAACACUUAAGUUUCUGACAGUAAACUAUAGGUUUUAAGUUGUGAUAGGCUGGGAUGAAAAGUCUUGAGGUGGGAGAAUUAUUUCAGGCCAGGCUUCGAGACCAGCCUGGGCAACACAGACCAUCUAUACCAGGGGUCCCCAUGCCCCCAGCCAUGGACCAGUACCGGUCCCUGUCCAUGGCUUGUGACGAACUGGGCCACACAGCAGGAGGUAAGGAGUGAACGAGCAUUACCCUGAGCCCCGCCACCUGUCAGGUUAGCAGCAGCAUUAGAUUCUCAUAAGAGCAAACUAUUCUGAAUGGCACAUGCAAGGGAUCCAGGUCGCAGGUUCCUUGUGACAAUCUAAUGCCUGGUCUGAGGUGGAACAGUUUUAGUCCGGAAAUCACCGCCCCCAGCCCCCGCACUUUCUGGUCUAUGGUAUAAUUGUCCUAGACGAAACCAGUUCCUGAUGCCAAAAAGGUUGGAGACUGCUGGUUUUACAAAAAAGUAAAUUAGCUGAGCAUGGUUGGCGCGCUCCUUUAGACCCUGCAACUCCGGAGGCUGAGAAGGGAAAAUCUCUUGAGCCUAGGAAUUUGAGGAUACAGUGAGCCAUGAUUGUGCUACUUAACUCCAGCCUGGGUGACAGCAAAUGAGAACUUGUCCAAAACUUAAAAAGCUAAAGAAAAAGGGCUUCUUGUCACAGACGUCGUGUAUACCUAAAGGUCCAGGAAUUGAAUAGUUUGAUGUCCAAUCCUGAGACGCUUGAUGGUGCACUAGAGUAGGCUUUUACAUAUAAGAGCAUCUAAGUUCUGAAAAUGCCAUUGUUUGCUGAGGAAGGGAGUGGAGAGCAAUUUGGUAUCCAAACAAUGAUAUGCUGAUUUUUUUUUUUUUUCACACAAGUACUACAUUCUAGCCUUUUCCUGUGGUGUCAUUGUAACUAUUGGUUCUUAAUAUGGUGUCCACCGACUUUAAGGGAUCAAUAAAUAGGAAUCAAGUUCUCCCAGAAUAUGGAUUCAGAAGUACUGAUAUAUAUCAACAAAAACACAUUACUGUCAAGUGGUUUGAUCGUUAUUUUAAUAUUAUUGGUGAAACAAUUGUAACCCUAUGAAUUAAGUAUUUUCUUUAUGAAGAGUCUGUAGGUUUCAUCAGACUGCCAGAGCAUUGUGCAGUCCGAAAAAUUUUAAGAAUCCAAAGCUUCAUGGAAAUGUUGGAGGCUGCUCAGUUAGGAUCUGAAUUCAACCUUCCUAAACCACAAAAUUGUUCUAAUCUCUGGGGUCUGAGCUAAAGUAUCUUAGCUCACUUGCCUGACAUAGCAGAGAGCUCUUUUGUCUAAAUGCUGUGCCCAGCAGUGGAGUGUCCCUAGAUUCUCAUCACAGACAGUGAGAAAGAACGACUAGCCUCUCCCUGCAGUUGGUCAUUCUCUCAACAAUAUGGGAAUCCCUCUGGAUGACUUCCUGUACCUUUGCUCCUCUGGCCUUCCAGUGCCUGGCAUACAUAAGGUUAAAAACAGUUAACCAGCUAUGAUUCUUCCUCCAGUUCUGGUUUUGGCCAACAGGACAAUGGCCAUAGAACCCAAUCCUCCUGCAAAUGAGAGCUUGUCCCUAAAGAUGCUUUAUUUACAUAGCUGUGUGGUGCAUGAGCCAAAGAGUGUUAACCUUUGUUCAACACAGGCCUCCAGCCACGGGGUUAAGUCCAAAGUAUCAUUCUUAGAAUGCUUUCAAAUACAUGAUUUUUGAG